GAGCGUCUUAGUACCAAAGCGACAAUUGCCCGGUAAAACCGUCCUGGGGUAUCAUCUCAAAUCACCUCCCGGGAGCUGGUCAGGUGCACAGCAUCAUACAACAAGUGCGUGUGUGUCCAUCAGUGGCGUGGAAAAAAUUAGAAGUUCAUAUUUGAUGUACAAUACCGCGUAAAUUCAAUACCUACAGAAAGGCGAAACGAAACUUGUGAACGCAAGUGCUAUGAAGUGAAAACUGAUCUUGCACAGCAGUUGCGAGAACAAAGUUGUGAGAAGCUAUAUAGUCUACCAAAGUGCUAAGGGCAGAUUGGGUCUGACAAUAGCCGGACACCCUUGGAUGGACUGAAAGUGAAACUUGAAUUCCUGCAGCCAACGAGAUCAGUGUGACAAUGAAUUGUGUAGCGCUGAUAAUUUUGGCACUAGCUGUAUUAGCUAAUGCCGAGAAGUUCGAUGGAUAUUUCUACCCAAAACCAAGCUGUGCACUUCAAGAAGCUCAAACAGUGUACAUAACCCAAACUGUCACAGAUUAUCAAGUACAAACGCAAACCCUACCAGGAGGAAUCCAGCAAGAUGAAAGAGUUGUGACGCAAUAUUCAUCCAUCUAUGUCACUUCUACGUUUACUGAAACCGCUCCGGUGUAUCAGACCGUGACUCACACAAAUACAUUCACAGUUCCAGCUCAAAUACAACCAGGACAAACGAUCUACCAGACGGUUACUUUACCACCAAUAGUUUCUACUUAUGUUUCAACUCAAAUUCAGGCUACCCCAGUAUACCAAACAGUACGAGACACCACUACUGUAACGUUGCCACCCCAGGUCCUUCCAGCAAAAACUAUCACUACAACUAUACAACAACCACCAAUCAUCAGUACUUCGACGUUAGUAAGAACUGAAAACGUACCGGUUGUUUCCACCAUAAGAGAUACCACUACUGUAGUUGCCCCAGCAGUGACCCUUCCUCCACAAAUUAUAUAUUCCACAAUUCAACAGCCUGCUCAAUACAUUACUACGACUUCGUACUAUACAACGACCUCCCCUGUAGUACAAACAGUCCAAACUACGAUUACUGCAGCUCCGAUAACUCUGCCGGGACAAACCAUCUAUACCACCGUUACCCAACCUCCUCAAGUAAUCUACUCUACGGUUAACCAGCCCGUGCCGACUCCUGUCUUUCAAACAGUCACGGAAUACAAAACCGUUCAAGCACCUGGCCAAGGACCUGUAUACCAAACAAUCUACAGCACCGUUAGCUUGCCAGGUCAAGUGCAAACCGUCAACAACGUAUUGACAAUGACUCUUCGCGAUGUCCAGUACAUAACUCAAACGGUGACCCAAACUCUGCCUGGUAUUCAGCACGAUGCUCAAACCGUAUACUCAACCGUUCAACUGCCAGCGGUUACGCAAACCUACUGUGGACCGCAGAAUACGUAUCUUCCGGCUGCACACGACAACGCCAUUGGCCGGGCAGGUUUCGGAGGCUUCAGCCCACGAUUCAAUAGGUUCUUUUAACAAAACAAAUCUAGAAAAAAAUAUGUUUUUAAGCGACACCUUUCAAAAAGUUAACAGUAAUGAUCGGAAAGUUCAGCGGGAACGGUAAUAGUGUAAAUACCUACUUAUGUGCAAUUUUGCAGGAUGCCAUAAAAUGUGAAUAAAUUUAGCGAAUCGACCAUUAAA